AUGAUUGCUUCUAUCGUUGGUAAUGAAGAGGGAGAGGAUGGUGAAGAGGGAGAGGAUGGUGAAGAGGGAGAGGAUGGUGAAGAGGGAGAGGAUGGUGAAGAGGGAGAGGAUGGUGAAGAGGGAGAGGAUGGUGAAGAGGGAGAGGAUGGUGAAGAGGGAGAGGAUGGUGAAGAGGGAGAGGAUGGUGAAGAGGGAGAGGAUGGUGAGGAGGGAGAGGAUGGUGAAGAGGGAGAGGAUGGUGAAGAGGGGGAGGGUGGUGAAGAGGGAGAGGAUGGUGAAGAGGGAGAGGAUGGUGAAGAGGAAGAGGAUGUAUACGGUGAAGAGGACGAUGGUUGGUUGUCCCCCGCCUCCGUCCUAGACAUGCUCGUGUCCUAA